AAAGCAGCCGGAGUCCCCGGACAGAGCAUCGGGUUUCCAAAGAGGACAGGAGAGAUAAUACACAGAGCACCUACCGGGUGGGAGCAAAAAAAGAGAAAGGUCUGUUAACUCCUUAGCUGCCACUUCUAUACCGGAUCUUAGGGAAGGGGGGCACCUGAGAUAACCACACCCUUUAAAUGCCACAUUAACACAUCCAGCUGCCCCCACUGUGCAGGGCAGGCGGGCACAUCCUCCAUUCAGGACACCUGUUACCCAUCUCAUGCCCCAUCCUCUUCACACCAUACCCCUCGUUCACACCUCACUCGCCCCCCUCUUAUCUUUCUGGUCAGACCCGCUCUACCAUCUUAUGGGGUAGCAUCUUCCAUCAAGUCAUUCUGCACCCACCUUUCCUGCCUCCUUCAUAGGCUUGUGCCAGGGGGCAGCACUACGUAUGGGGCACAUGUGAGAACCCCCCCUCAUGAUGAAACACCGUUAGUCCCCCCUAUUCUUCCUUCUAUCGGGGGGCACACUGAGUGGCAGAGCAUUUGUCAGGCACAGAUCGCAGUCACAUUGUGGGAUUUCUCCUGCGCUGCACGGUGGGCAUCACUUCAUUCCUUGGCACUGGCCGGUGCUAUGACCGGGAAGCUACUGGAUAAACUCCCCGUUAAUAUGACGUCCCUUCUACCGGACACCCUGUACUCCGAGGAAGGGCAGGAUCUGACCGGGGCCCUGGCCAUCUACCCUGGAGGGGGCAGCGAGCAGCAUUAUUCUGCCAUGUCUGCAGAUAAUGUAAUGGAUUUAGGUUUGACAAAUGACAAGACAUCCCAGGAUCUUUCUUACACAAGUACAUUCCAGCCAGGCAACAAGACUGUCACAUAUCUGGGAAAGUUCUCUUUUGAUUCCCCUUCCAACUGGUGCCAAGAAAACAUCAUCAGCCUUAUGAGCGCGGGUAUCCUUGGUGUGCCAACUUCUCAAGCGCCCAAUGGUGGUGGAGGAGGAAGUAGUGGGAACAGUGGAAGCAUUAUGGGUCAAGCACAAAGUGAUGUGGAGUCUAUGUUCCACAGUCUUCCACCUUAUUCUAGUUGUGGGGACCUCUACCAUGAUCAAGUGGGUUUUCAAGGAGGCGGUAUGGCUCCAUACUCCUCGCAGGAGUACCCAUCAACUAAACAGAGUUUAGACUCUAGUAUAUUCCCAAUGAUACCAGACUAUAACUUGUUUCACCACAACACAGAGAUUCCCACAGUGGACCAAAAACCUUUCCAAAACAUGGAAGCAAUGCGGGUCAACCCACCACCUAUUACUCCACUGGAAACCAUCAAAGCUUUCAAGGAAAAACAAGUCUUGCCAAGCUUUGGGGGUAUGAACCAUCAACCUCCGCUCACUCUUAAACCCAUUCGGCCAAGAAAAUACCCCAACCGCCCUAGCAAAACCCCAUUACAUGAGAGACCUCAUGCUUGUCCUGCUGAAGGCUGUGAUAGACGCUUUUCGCGCUCCGAUGAGCUGACUCGCCAUCUUCGAAUCCAUACUGGCCACAAGCCCUUCCAGUGUCGUAUUUGCAUGAGGAGCUUCAGCCGUUCUGAUCACCUGACAACCCAUAUCCGCACACACACGGGGGAGAAGCCUUUCGCUUGUGACUUCUGUGGACGCAAGUUUGCACGCAGUGAUGAGAGGAAGAGACAUGCCAAGAUUCACCUCAAACAGAAAGACAAGAAAGGAGGGGAUAAGGCAGUCUGCUCACCCUCUGUGGCACCAGCAGUAACCACAUGUGCUUGACUUCUCACUUGUCCUGAAGGAGAAUGCUUAAAUCUGUGUCCUCUUUGUGGUUAUUGAAUCCUUUGCAGACUAUUCAUUCUCUAUACAGUACUGGUUAUUACAUCUGUUGAGCUGUCACAGGUUUAAGGCUUAUAGUACAUUUCUAGUGAUCUUCAGAGCAUUACUCCUUCAAGUUCCAUUAUCGGAGCAUUAAACCAUCACACUCCUGAAGACAUUUUUACCCCACAUUGAUAAAUAUGCAGAGAAUGACUCAAACUAUGGAGCCCUCCUGCUCUCUCAUGUGCAUACCUGCUCCCCUAUACUCUACCUGCAAUCCUCUUUGACUUGUACAACCUCAUUGAUGAGAAUUUGGCGGCACAAGGGUCUCAGGGUACACAGGAUUUGGAAAACCUAAAUCCAUAGUUUGAGGCAGGGUCGCUUAUUUGCUGCUAUGGCAAAAAUGUUCUGCUGCUACGUCCAAAUGUUAAUUCCUCACGUGCCUGCUGUCCUUGUCAUCCUUUUUCUAUCUGUCAUUCUAUCUAUACCCAUCUUGCGAUCAUCAUUUUUCUAGUAUCACAUCUGGCAGAUUUCACAUCUUUUCCCUUAAAGAUCUUUUCUCAUUCUCUUUCCUAUCCAUCCCCCCCUCGCCUCUGUUUCUCUCUCUCUCUCUCUUUCUCUCAUACAACCCCCCCUCCCCUUCCCCAUCACCACCACUAUUUCUUUUCAACGUCUGUCACACAAUUUUAUUAUUGGAAAAAAAAACAUCUACAGCUUGAGUCAGUGUGUGCAUGAUAAUAUAUGAUUUCUAUCAGUAGUCCAAGUUUCAUUGUCCUCAGCUGUAGAGGGAUGGAAGAAUAGGAGGAGCGCAAAGAUUUAUUUAUUUAUUUUUUUGACCAAAGAGUUUGGUGUCUUCUGCAGUUGUGUUAUAAGUGUUGCUUAUCCAAUAGUUGCAAAAAAACAGGUAUUGCAUUAUCGGUCAAGACAGAUCAAUGACACAUAAGGAGUCAUUUGUACUACAAAUAAUCAAAUUUGAUCUGAAUGAAUCAUGUGCAAUUGAAAGGGCCAAAAAAGCACCUAUGCCAAAUUCUCUAUAUAAGGGCUGCACAAAGCGUAGUUAUGGCAUCCAACUCAGACCAGACCAAACUACACACACUUGAAACUGGAACACU